GGCGGCGAUGUGGACGGGGAGGGGGGUGGGACGGUGGCGCGCGGCGGUGGGAACUUGCGCGUGCCGAGGAGCGCGUUGCGAGAGAUUUUUUUAGAGAUGCUUCCACCGGCGACGGUGCGAUGGGGGGCCAAGGUGUCGGAUUACGUCGAGGGCGAAGAUGGGGUCACGGUGACGCUGGAGAGCGGGGAGACGGUGGAGGGGACGAUUUUGGUCAUCGCCGACGGCGCGCGGAGCAGCACGAGACGGGCGCCGGGAGCGGGUGACGACGUGAAAUCGGGCGAGUUGCGAUACCUCGGCGUCGCCCUCGUCACCGGUUUCACCGAUUUGGACGAUUAUCUUCUCAAAGGACGCGGGUUUUACACGGUGGACGGGCGAUCGAGAAUGUUCACGAUGCCCUUCCAAGCGGCGAACGAGGAGGCGGGAACGCCGCCGCGGAGCAUGUGGCAGUUGAGCGUGCGCGUGAGCGAAGACGAGGCGAAAGAGCUCGCCGACGCUUCGAACGAUCGCAUUCGCGAGUUCGUGUUGAAGCACACGAGAGGUUGGCACGAUCCCAUCUCCGCGAUGUUCGACUGCACCGACUGGAACGACGCGUGGGCGGGACCGCUGUACGACAGAGAGGAGCCGCCGACGAGCAAGUCCGCGGCGACGGAGAAGCCCCAUCUCGCGCUGCGUAGCGCGAAAUCCAGAGUGAUUUGUAUCGGCGACGCGGCGCACCCGAUGUCGCCAUUCAAAGGCCAGGGCGCGAAUACCGCGCUCUUCGACGCUUGGGCGCUGUCCAAGUGGUUACAAAAGGCGCCGCCGCAAACCGCGCUGGCGUGUUUUCACCGCGAGAUGGUCGCUCGAGCCUUUGUCAAGGUUCGCGCGAGUCGAGAGGCGUGUGAGUACUUCCACAACCCGAAUAUUUUGAGCGAGCGCGUCCCGGAGUUUGCGGGCGUCGACCCGAUGAAAAUCACCGUCGUCCUGGACGCGCUCGCCGAGCGCGGCGUCACGGCGUCCAUGCGCGCCGAUAUCGAGCCCGCCGUGAAAGAGAUAAUCGACGAACUCGAUGCCGCGGAGUUAGUGAGACCGUACGCGGCGAAGAAAAUCAUGCAGCGUGGCAAGGAAGGAGGAGUGGAGGUGUAG